GCCCCUUACUCUGGCAGAGAAAUUGUCCAGGUAUCCCCUGUGCCACCCCUGCUGGAAUCUGCCAAGGGCCCAUCCACUCCAGAGAUGCUGAUCCUGAGCUGCUCCUCCAAACUGCGGCUGCUGGAGGGGACACUACGGAGGAGCUUGCCUGAUACAUUGCUGGUCUAUGGCACUGUAAUGACCAUAAACCGGGGGAACCCGGCUGCGCAGGAGGUGCUGGUGGAUUCAUGGCCCGAGUUCAAAGUCGUUCUCACCCGGCCGCGGAGAGAGGUGGCAUCGGAUGACUCUGAUUUGUACACCAACACAUACAUAGUGUACUGCCGGGACCUAGGUGACCACCAGGCCCUGCUGGCCAGUGCGGGUGCUGUCAAUUGGGGACAGAGCUUCUGCAUCCUUGGGCUCCGGGGUGGAGUGUACGAAGUCUCCAAGGACGUCGCCGAGUCUAAGGGGAUCAAGCUGGAGGUGUUCCGCUACUUCAACUAUUUUCACCCAGAUCCCAGCUCCAUGCCUGAGAUCCGGCUGGACCCGGCCAUGAGACUCUCGUCCCUGGAUGUCUCCCACGCUGACCUGCUGAAUGAGACAUGGAGCUUUGGGGGGAACGAAAAAAGCAGGAAGUACCUGGCCACCCUGAUCCGCCACUUUCCCAGUAUCUGCCUGCUGGAUGCUGCUGGCCAUCCGGUCAGCUGGAUCGCUUCAUACCCGUUUGGUGCCAUGGGGCCUGGCUACACUCUGCAUGAGCACCGGCGGCGCGGCUACAUGGUGAUGCUGAUUAAUUUGUUAGCCAAGCGGUUGCAUGCUCUAGGCUAUCCCAGCUACGGCUUGGUGGACGUAGAGAACUACUCCAUGCAGAGGUUACAGGAGAGUCAGGGCUUCCAGCACCAGCCCAACCUGUGGUACAUCAUUCUUCACAACCCAGCACCGGUGAAAGCCCCCACGUUAACCCCCAGGCCAGCACCAGGCACAGCCCCCGCAUGA